AUGUAUAGGAUACCGACGACUCCGUUCAUGGCAGUGACAAUCCGACUGCGGCUAAGAACACCGGACAACAAGUACAGUUCAUGGACCAAGAGAUGGAAUGUGACAUCAGCCGAGGAUGCUCCUGGAGCGGUGACGAACGUUAAGCUUCUUCGGAGUGGCUCUCGCAAUGCUACUAUCUCUUGGGGUCCACCGGAACAAAAGAACGGCGUUAUUCGGAAUUAUCGCGUCGUCUACACGCCGCUGGCGUUUCUUAUACAGCCCUGUCAAGCGCUCAACGAACCAGACACGACAGUGAUGGUGUCACCGACCCAUCACAGCGUGAACCUGACGCCACUGCACCCCUACACCAAGUACCGUCUCUCCAUAACCGCCCUCACCAGCAAGUACGGCCCGGAGAAGAAUACGACGUUCGAAACUGACCAAGCAGUUCCUGAGGGAGUGCCAACUCAGCUGCGGUACACAAGAUUUUCACAGGACACCGACACGUUAACGUGGGCCGAGGUACCUUGUGAACGACGCAACGGGCCGAUUACAUCCUACGCCGUGGAAGUGUACAGCGAUGACCCUUGGGAGACCAAGCUGCGAACCAACAACACAGUUUCUGGGACGUCGGUGGCCUACCGUGACCUGAUGCCUUACACUCACUACCAAGCCGAGGUGUACGCGUGUAACGGUGCUGGUCGAUCGCCAUUCUUUGCCUUCUUGAACUUCACUACGCCUUCUGCUGUGCCUGAUGCUCCGGCCAGCACAUGGUCGUCCGAACAGACCGAGAGCAGUCUCAAGAUACAAUGGGACCCACCUGUGCGCAAGAACGGCGCUCUGACAGGCUACAAGUUGAAUUCUUCCCUGUCCCACACAUUCAACGAUAUCCGGGCCGAAUCACGGCUGCCGAAGUCCGAGCUGCUAAAUAUCUCGGGCUCGCCAGAGUUUUACCUGCGAGGUCUGGUUCCGGGGUCAACAUACUUGGUCUGCGUCCAGGCCAAAACCAGUGCCGGAUUCGGAAAUGCUAUCUGCGAUAACUUUACCACGAAAGUUUCGGCGCCCGAUUCCCCCGCCCGCAUAUGGUCAUCCGAACAGACCGAGCGCAGUAUCAAGGUACAAUGGGACCCACCUGUCCGCAAGAACGGUGCUCUGACAGGCUACAAGUUGAACUCUUCGUUGUCUCACACGUUCAAUGGUAUCCCGGCGAACUCGUGGCUACCGAAGUCCGACUUGCUGAACAUCUCGGCAUCACCAGAGUUUUACCUGCGUGAUCUGAUUCCGGGGUCGACGUACUUGGUCUGCGUCGAAGCAAAAACCAGUGCCGGAUUCGGAAAUGACAUUUGCGACAACUUUACAACGAAGGCUUCGGUGCCUGACGCUCCGGCGAGCAUCUGGUCAUCCGAAGAGACCGAGAGUAGUAUGAGGAUACAAUGGGAUCCACCUAUACGCAAGAACGGUGCCCUGAAAGGCUACAAGUUGAACUCUUCUCUGUCCCAUACAUACAACGAUAUCCUCGCCAAAUUGUGGCUACCCAAGUCGGUCUUGAUAAACAGCUCGAACUCGCUGGAGUUUUACCUGCAAGAUCUGGUUCCGGGGUCAACGUACUUGGUCUGCGUGGAAGCUAAAACUAGUGCCGGAUCCGGAAAUGCCAUUUGCGACAACUUCAGCACAAGGACUUCGGCGCCAGAUGCUCCGGCCAGUAUAUGGUCGUCCGAGCAGACCGAGAGCAGUCUCAAGAUACAUUGGGAGCCACCUCUCCGCAAAAACGGUGCCCUGACAGGCUACAAGUUGAAAUCUUCUCUGUCUCACACAUUCAACGGUCUCCCGACGAAAUCGUGGCUCCCGAUGUCGGAUUUGCUGAACAUCUCGGACUCGACAGUGUUUUACCUGCGAGGGCUAGUCCCUGGGUCAACGUACUUGGUCUGCGUCGAGGCAGAAACUAGUGCCGGAUUCGGAAAUGCCAUUUGCGACAACUUCAUCACCAAGGAUUCAGCACCUGAUGCUCCUGCCAGCAUUUGGUCGCCCGAACAGACCGAGAGUAGUCUCAAGAUACAAUGGGACCCACCUGUCCGGCCGAACGGUGCACUGACAGGCUACAAGUUAAACUGUUCGCUGUACCACACAUACAAUAGUAUCAUGGACAGAUCGUGGCUCUCGAACUGGGUUUCGCUAAACAGCUCGGACUCGCCGGAAUUUUACCUGCAAAGUCUAGUUCCGGGGUCAACGUACUCGGUCUGCGUCGAGGCAGAAACCAGCGCCGGAUUCGGAAAUGCCAUUUGCGACAACUUCAGCACCAAGGAUUCAGUGCCUGAUGCUCCAGCCAGCAUAUGGUCAUCCGAACAGAGCGACAGCACUCUCAAGAUACAAUGGGAACCACCUGUCCGCAAGAAUGGGGCCCUGAAAGGCUACAAGUUGAACACAUCUCUCUCGCACACAUUUAAUAGUGUCCUGGACAAAUUGUGGCUACCGAAGCACAUCUUGCUAAACAGCUCGGACUCGCCCGAGUACCACCUGCAAGAUCUUGUUCCUGGCUCAACGUACUUGGUCUGCGUCGAGGCAGAAACCAGUGCCGGAUUCGGAAAUGCCAUUUGUGACGACUUCAGCACAGAUGAGUCGGCUAACUCUUCUCUGUCCCAUACAUUCAAUGGUAUCCUGGCUAAAUCAUGGGUACCUAAAUCGGACUUCUUAAACAGCUCGGACUCAACAGAGUACUACCUGUCAGAUCUCGUUCCGGGGUCAACGUACUUGGUCUGUGUCGAGGCUCAGACCAGUGCCGGAUUCGGAAACCCCAUUUGCGACAACUUUAGCACCAAGACUUCGGUACCAGAUGCUCCCACCAGCAUAUGGUCGUCCGAACAGACUGAGCACAGUCUGAAGAUACAAUGGCGCCCGCCUGUCCGCAAGAAUGGUGCCCUGACAAGCUACAAGUUGAACUCUUCCCUGUCCCACACAUUCAAUGGUAUGCUGGACGAAUCAUGGCUACCGAAGUUGGUCUUGCUAAACAUCUCGGACUUACCGGAGUUUGACCUGGAAGAUCUUGUACCGGGCUCAAAGUACUUGGUCUGCGUAGAGGCAGAAACCAGUGCCGGAUUUGGAAAUGCCAUUUGCGACAACUUCAGCACAAAGGAUGCGGAGCCUGAUGCUCCGGCCAGCAUUUGGUCGUCCGAACAGACUGAGAACAGCCUCAAGAUAGAAUGGGACCCACCUGUCUGCAAGAACGGUGCCUUGAGAGGUUACAAGUUGAACUCUUCUCUGUCCCACACAUUUAAUGGUAUCCUGGAGAAAUCGUGGUUCCCCAAGUUGGACUUGCUAAACAGCUCGGACUCACCGGAGUUUUACCUGGAAGGUCUUGUUCCGGGCUCGACGUACAUGGUCUGCGUCGCGGCAGAAACCAGCGCCGGAUUUGGAAAGGCCAUUUGCGACAACUUUACCACCAAGGCUUCGGUUCCAGAAGUUCAAGUUGAGCCCAAAGUUGGAGCAAUUGUCCACAACAAAGUUAGCAUCAUGCUGAACCCCGUGGACUUUAUGAAAGGACCGAUCACAGGCUACUACGUCAUCGUGCUUCGCGAAGGCGAAGCCAUCCCUCGCCCUGUGAAGCUCGUAAAUCACAGCACUUCACAAGACAUGGGCCUCGGGUACUACGUCGCCGCUCACCUGACACCCGACCUAUUGGAGAAACCUAUGGACUUUGUCGUUGGCAGUGGCAAUGUCGUCGGCGGUUUCGAAAAUCCGCCGCUCAGUGAUGCCACAACGUAUCGCUUUGGUCUGCUUGUUGAGAGCAACUUUUCCGGGGAAGUGCUGCAUGGCUACAGCCUCACAGCUCCUGUCACUGUCACUGGCGGCAGCAGCGUAACCGAAGUCGGUGUUGUCAUCGGAGCUGGCCUGCUUCUUCUUAUCCUAGUCACAGCAGCUGGCCUGACAUUCUGCUGCAUUCGGAGGCGGCAAGCGGCUGCUUACAGCUCUAAAAGCUCUACUAUACAAUGCAUGAAGGAGCUUCAAUCGAGGCUUUCCGAGCUUGACGAUAAUCGAACCUCGGAGUCGUGCUCCACGCCAACCACAGAAGAAAGCGACAAUCUCAAUAUAGCAAACGAGGCACCUGGCUCGCUUGCGUCGAAGACAGCGUCCGUGAAACGACCCCAGGAACACGCCAUUAAUGGCGAAGAGAGUGGCCCGCUGAAAGAAGAGUCCUCUCUAUAA